AUAAUUCAUAAGAGACAGAAUCAAGAUGGACGACGUCGACGACAGAUUCGGCAGGCGUUCGUCGAUCGUCGUACAUAGGAAAACUGUAGGAAUAUGACCUACAUUUUUCCCAAUCUGGAAAACUGUAAAAAUUCGGCCUGAGUCGGAUUACGUAAUGACGACGCGUCGUCCGUCGCUCCCUCCUUUACCGGAUCUUUCUCACCUAACUGAGGCGGAGAGAAAAAUUAUCGAAAGUGUUCUGGAGCGGCAAAGGGAAGAAGAAGAGAGGGAACACGAAAUAUUAAGGAACUUACAGAACGAGGCAGACAAAUGCGACACCGCUAUUCGUCAAAAACAUGAGGAGGUACAAAGAAAGCAAGUUCAAGCCACAUCUGUCGGACAGGAUGUAGAGGCAAUUUGCCAAAUUUGUAAUAAAACUAAAUUCGCAGACGGUGUUGGGCAUCGGUGUCAUUAUUGUCAAUUGUUAUCUUGCUCGAGAUGCGGUGGAAAAAUUCACAUGAAAGCCAACAGGGGUGGCAAAAUGGUGCAUACUGGUCAGUUACUUUGGUGCUGUACAUUAUGUCGAAAGAAACAAGAACUACUGGUAAAGACUGGUCAAUGGUACCAUGGUGGCCAAGCGCGACCAGUGCAAUUGGACGUUGAUUCCCCAUCUGACACUGGAUCGAUAAGAUCCAUGCCACCAUCAAUUCCCUCGCAAGAUCACAGCAAACCAACAACAUUUAGGCGUCAAUAUUCCCAAGCUGAUCGAAUAGAUGCCGCUAAACGUAAUAUACAACCUCAUCAACCGGACAGGUUGAUGAGAGGUCCUCAUGAGUUUGACCACCUUGAUCCCUCCAAGGCGAGAAGAUCAAAAGUGGAUAACAGUAUGGCUCGAAACGAUUCAUUAUCAUCAGACCCAUCUGAUUGCGUCAGACCUCCUCCUCCCCGUCCUCACAAACAACGACGAAAACAACUUCAUACAGUACCGCAACAGUCGCUCUCCUCAUCGGAUGAUGACGUUCGAACAACGCCAGAUUGUACCAGUUGCGAUGAUCAAGAAUUAGAAAGCGAGAGCGUAUCAGAAAAAGGCUAUGGAAGUAUGGCGGGCAGCAUCGGCGACGUGGCAAGAGCUAAACCUCGUCUUGCUCGCCAAAAAGAGAGUAGGAGUUUGGAGGAAGAUAGCGGUUGGAGUGAACCUCGCUUUGCACCUUCUCCGCCACCAAAUUUGGAAGAAGAAGAGGACGAUAGGACCCCGGUUUCAACUACUUUUAGUGUUCAGCAUCCGGUGCGAUGGGAAGUAUCAAGAGACCAGACCAAAUUGACUGGCCAUAUGAUAUUAAAAAAGGGAGAGCCGUCCUAUCCAGGCGAUACGCGUGGUAACAUCUUAGGUAAGGAAAAUUUAGGCCUAAAGGUUACUGGAGGAAAAGUGACUGAAGAUGGUUACAUGGGAGCGUUCAUAACAAAGGUGAAAAAGGGCAGUAUAGCAGAUAGAAUAGGAUACUUGAAACCGGGUGACGAAGUCCUGUAUUGGAAUAAUCGUCCGCUGAAAGGAACGACUUUCGAACAGACUUAUGAUAUAAUAAUGGAAUCAAAGCAGGAACCACAAGUGGAACUAACUGUUGAAAGGAUAAUCACAGAUCCAUCCAGCCUUCCACCGGAAUAUAUUGAUUCCCAUGGCUAUAGGAUGAGGAAAGAUACGCCUCAUCAGACUCAUCAGCGUCCUCAUCAUCCUCCCAGUGUUACUGUCACAUCACCUACUGCCUCACCGGUCCGCCAACACAAUAAGGGGGCCGAAAUCCUUAUUAAAUUACUGUAUGAAGAUCGUGACCUGCAGCUGAUAGUCACAGUUAUCAGGGCCGUUCGUCUCCCAACAAGAGCGAAUGGUCAGCCCCGGAAUCCUUAUUGCAAAUUGCAUAUGAUUCCAGAACAUCGAGCUCAAACGGGCAAGCAAAAACAACGAACGAAAACUGUUGCCGCUUCGUUAGAACCGAAAUGGAACACCUCUUUCGUCUACCACCCUUUCAAGGAGUCAGAUGUUCAUUCGAAAUCCUUAGAGGUCACUGUCUAUGACUACGACCGAAUUGGAUCAGGGGAAUACGUUGGGGAGGUUCUUAUUGAUUUGAGUAGGGCUAACCUAUCAGAUAAACCUGACUGGUAUAAGUUAAUUAAUCAAGAAACGGAGAGUAUAACAUCUUCGAUAACCAGUUUGCAGAGGAGAGGAGAUCAUCUUUCCCCUCCCAUGUCGGUUACCAGGUUAAGCGACAGUGAUUUAUCUGAAUGCGAAUACGACGAAAACGCUGCAGGGAGAAUUCGAAAGGUGCUGCCACCUGCUGGCGACGGACUUAGCCUAAGCUCAUCUUGCAGUGAACUACAAGAUCCAAUAUUCGAAAAUUCUAGAUCUCGUAAACAUUCGUCGCAAUCUGCCGAUAAAUUGAACAUCCCGUCAAAAACUUCGAAUCCGUUACCCAGAAAACCACGCUCAGUGUCUCCAACUCGUCCACAACGCCACUCAGAACCUUCAAUGGGAUCGUCUACUAAACGUCGUCAUCUUCCCCAAAUUCCAGCUCUCGAUCAUGGUACGCAGUUAGAGCAACGGGCAAGAGAAAUGAAAAUGAAGAUCCGACAAUCAGUUUCUACGCCUGUUUCCGAUAGUGAAGGAUCUUGUACAAAUCGCUCUAGCAAGAGCGCUGAGGCGGCUGUUCAAAGGACAUUACCCCCAACACCACGCGUCGUUCAAAAUCGACGAGUGUAUGAAGACGACGCAAGGUCAGAUGUUUCAGAGACGUCGGACGUAUCUGAAAUGAGUAAGAUGAGCAUAAGAUCGACGCAAAGCGAACGUCCGAGACGAAAGCUCUCGGAAUUUGCUAGCCAAAUGGAACAGAGAGGCUCGAGGGUGGUUGGUCCUCGUGGGGCCAUCAUUAACCGCUCUCAAUCCAACACCGACGUCAUAAGGGCUGACAUGGAGAAAAACGACGGUAGUAUCUCUGAUUCUGCAAUCGCGUCUUCCAAACUAGCAGCACCUACAAGACCUCAUCGGAAAAGGAGGCCUUCAUUAGGCUACAAGGUAGCUGCCUUAGUUGGUUUAUCAAGUAGGAAGAAAAGUUCCAGUACUUCCUCUCUCGUUCAGCAAAGAAAUCCUAAGGAUUCGGCCAGUUUUCAAAGAAGUGAGGAGGUGGGGGCAGGAACAGAUAUGCUUACACGGCAGACAAGUAAAGAUUCAAAUGAUGGUAGUAUUAGUUCUGAUGGUUCAAAUGCUAUGUGGCUUCCAGCUGGCAUGAGAAUAGGGCCUGAAGGGCAAUUCGGUGAUUUUAUCGAUAAGCUAGGUCCAUCUCAACUGGUUGGUAGGCAAGUGCUUGGUUCGGCUUGUUUAGGAGAAAUUCAAAUGGGCUUAUCAGAUAGGAAAGGACGGCUAGAAGUUGAAGUGAUACGAGCAAGAGGACUUUUAUCUAAGCCCAAUGCCAGGGUUCUACCUGCUCCUUAUAUUAAAGUUUAUUUAAUGGAAGGAAAACAGUGUACAGAAAAGCAAAAAACAGAUCCGGCAAGAAGGACUCUUGACCCACUUUAUCAAGUUCAAUUGACUUUUAACGAACCGUAUAAGGGCAAAAUACUGCAGGUAACUGUCUGGGGUGAUUAUGGUAGAAUGGAUAGGAAAGUUUUUAUGGGAGUUGCACAAAUACUAUUAGAUGACUUGGACUUGUCAAACAUCGUUAUAGGAUGGUACAAGUUAUUUCAAUCUAGUUCCUUAGUCGGUCAUGCGACACAUUCAGCCCGUCGAAAUUCAACCGAACCGGCAAAGUUGUGACGAAGAAUAAUCAUGCAGAUUCUCUAUAGUUCUUUAAUUUUUGCACUCUCUUAUACCGAGAACUCGUUCGAGGGUUUUUGUACGGUUCAUCUGUAGAUGGAUAGAUGACGUAGUUACAAAAAAUAUAAGUGUAUAUACAGUAUAUGUUAAUACUAUACUGCCU